CCUCCGUUCGUGCCGCCAUGUCGAUGAGCAACAGCGCAAGCUUCAUCGAGCCGCCUACGAGCUCCUCGGAAGCCGACGAGAUCGACUCACUACCCUCCUCCGCGACUAGUUCCUCGGCAGACGAUGACGAAUACGUUUCAGAUGCGGAGAGGGAGUGGAGGGAGUCGUUGCAGCAAAUGGAGCUGCUGUUGACAAUGGUCAUGGUGCCGUAUCUGGGGAAGUACUUCGGAAGGAAGUGUGCAUACUGGGGUUGGGCAAAGUACAUGGAGUGGCAGUACCCCGUUGAGAUCGUCUUCACGAGUCCGAAGACAUUCAAACUCGCAGGAGCUAUCGAGGCAGCAGCAACACUAUAAUUCGCACCAUCUGUGUUGGGCAGGUAGUUGGCAUAUCUUAUCAGCAAAGGCGUUGGGGCGUGAAUUCAUUCCUGCGAUCAUGGACUCAAAGGAGCUGCGUGGAAUUUCACACAGCAUGUACAUACCACAGGGAUAUUGAGGACACCGAAUAUGUAAAAAUUAAAAUCGCAAAGAAACUAUCAACACACCUGCAUCGAGCUAGAAACACCGCCAGCACUCCGAGUACAACCUGAAACCAGCACUCCAUCUUUUAGAUUUCCAAAAGCAAACAAAAGCCCGCACAUUAGUAGUGACGCUCGAAUCCUCAGAAUACCCUGCCCCUGAACCAUACGUCCUCGUUCCUCGACUAACAGAAACCCAACCUCCCAUAACUAUCCAUAACAGGCCUUUUAUCACUCGUACACAAAGUAUAAUUCAUCAGUCUCUUCGUUUCCAUCCCUCCGUCC